GACUUGUCUGCGCUCACCUUCAUUGGAAUCUCAGAAACGAUUCAUUAUUUCUUUUAGACUAUAAAUUAAAACCUCUCGUACUUGUUUCUUCACUCUCUCACAUCUCUUCGUCUUCUCCGCCUCCUCCUGCUGCUUCAAUCUGACUUACCGAUCUCUUUACGAUUCAUUCUUCUAUGGCUUCUUCCAUUGCUGCUUCUUCUUCCUCUACUCUCCUACAAGCUCGCCCUCGCCAACUGGCGAUUGCGGUAAAUCCGAUAGAAUGCAAUGCCUUUGGAAGAAGCAAUCUUUCUUUUAAGAUUCGUCAGCUUCCUUCCCGCUUGACCGUUUCCUGCGCUGCUAAACCUGAGACAGUGGACAAGGUGUGUGCAAUUGUCAAGAAGCAACUCUCUCUUGAUGAUACCAAGAAAGUUGAGGGUGCCACCAAAUUUGUUGAUCUCGGUGCUGAUUCUCUCGACACGGUGGAGAUUGUGAUGGGACUAGAGGAAGAGUUUGGGAUCGAAAUGGCUGAGGAGAAAGCACAGACAAUCACCACAGUUGAGAAAGCAGCUGAGCUUAUCGAGGAGCUCUUGUUGGAAAAGGCCAAGUAGAAAUCGUUUAUUACCAUUAGCAACAACGAAAAUUACCAGUCUCAUUGUUUCGUUAGCUAGAGAGCGAUUGUGUCUGUUGAGAUUUAUGCUACUUUGGUAAUAUUAUUACAAGGCUUGUAUUUGACUUUAUUAUCUGUCUUCUAAAACGUAUUUUUACUUCCACCUUCAAGAAAACCUUUUACUUCUUUCUA